AUUAAGAGAUAAUUUCAAUGCAUAGAGAGCCAAGAUAAAUAAAGAUUUAAUAGUUGACUAUUGCCGUUCAAUAAUACAUCAUACAUAAAUCUUUCACACAUAUACUAUGUAUGUACCUAUGUAGGUACAUACAUUAGGUAACAGUGCGUACAUAUAGAGGUCCAUAUCAGUUCCCCGGAUCCUUGUGUGACGUCGUACCUUAUCUUUCAUACUUGUUUACCUUGGUCCGAAUUUUAGCCGUAAGGACCCUAGCAGCCUUUUGGGCUAGAGCUUGGAAUUUACAAGUGUAAAAGCUUGCCUAAGGCUGCUGAGGCACAAAAACAGCUCCUCCAUUGGCUCCACAACAUCAUACGACUACUAAAUCUUAAUCGAAAAAAAGACUCUCAAUUGAAUUUGGCCCCAAAAACGAAAGCUCCAACAGCAUCCGUCGUUCAGAACCCUCCCGCGAUCCCACUUCAUCGUCCAGCAGGCCUCGCAACCGCCUCAAUCGACCCACAUCUCCGCUCUCCCGACCGACCCAAACGGCAUUGUUGAAAUUUUUGUCUGAAAUCUUUUUUCUUCUUCAAGACAUAAGUCACAAUGAUGCGCACAACCACAACCUCACUCCUGCGCGGCGCCCUCCGGGCCAGCAGAACGACGACUAUGGUCCCCCGCGCUGCCGCUUCCACGCACGCUAUCUCGAACCCGACCCUAGCCAACAUCGAGAAGCGAUGGGAAGGCUUGCCUCAGACUGAGCAGGCCGAGCUGUGGAUGGCCCUGCGAGACCGCAUGAAGGAGAACUGGGCCGAACUCACCCUUCAAGAGAAGAAGGCCGCCUACUGGAUCGCCUUCGGCGCUCACGGUCCUCGCGCUGCACCCCCCGCCGAUGAGGGUCGCAAGAUCGCUCUAUACACCGCACUCGGCCUAUUUACUAGUUUCGUUCUUUUCGCCACAAUGCGCGCGUUCGGCGGUUCCGGUCCCAGCACUAUGACCAAGGAAUGGCAGGAGGCUUCCAACGAGUACCUCAAGAACCAACGUGCCGAGCCUCUUACCGGUCUCUCGUCCGAAAACUACAGCGGCGCGGGUAUGGUUCAGUCGCCGCCCAAGCAGUAGACGUACUAGACCUAGCCUCUUUAAUACCUACCUACCUACCUACGUAACCAAACCUACUCUGGUCUCCAAAAAUCUUUCCAUUUGUCCCAUAUAAUCGCAGUGCAAGGCAUUAACUUCCAUGUACAAAAUAAAAAAGCAACUGGAGUGGGAUGGAGUAGUAGGCGGCGGGGGCGCAUUGGCUAUCCGAAGCAAAAGCAGUUUGGCAAUCGCAAGCUCGAGCAACAACAACAACAGCAGCACAUCAGAGACACCGAUUUUAGUUCCAGCUGGGAUCCGGUCCUCGUGCCUAGGUGAAGCAGGUUAGUCGACUAGACCACGCCUGGCGUUGUAAAUAUGUACAAGAAGAAACAAACCUUCUAUGCCGUUCUAUAAAUCCUCUGUCGCAUCAAGUGCUACU